AUGAAAGCAAUUGCUGGAUAUGCACCGCUGAAGAAAAUGUGUUCCAACGAUCGAAGCUGUACCAUAAAUGAGGGCCUCGAUUUUGGUUCAGUGUUCGUUAUUGCGCAUGAAAUUGGUCACAGCCUGGGAAUGAGCCACGAUGGUGAGAAUAGUUGUGAUCCAAACUGUUGUGUAAUGUCACGAUCAAUUGGUAGCGGUAAAACUGCAUGGUCUACAUGCAGCGUUGAGGAAAUGAAAUUAUUUGUUUCGGGAUUAGGAACAGGAAGAAAUCCGCCAAACUGUCUAUUAGACGGUACUAUACGACAUACAAAAAGUAUCGCUAUUCAUCCAGGUCAGCAAUUUACUUUGGACGAACAGUGCAUUUUUUUUCAUGGCAACUGUUGGAAACACGAAUUGAAAGAUGGGCAAACUGAAGCAUGGUGUAUGGAGGGUAAAUGUGUUGAAGUUCCUGACCACAUACUGCGAAAAGUUGACGGAGGUUGGAGUUCUUGGAACGAUUCUCCGUAUGGAAAUUGUCUUUCCGGAUGUGUAACCUGUUCAAUCCAAAAUCAGAUUCGUCUGAAACGUUCCUAUCGACAGUGCAGUAAUCCAUAUCGAAAUAACAAAGGUCGAGACUGUAUCGGUGAUUCGGUUCGAGGUAUCGUCUGUAGCAGUGAGAAAUGUAACGGCCCAACACCAGAAGAAUAUGCAACAAGAAAAUGUGCUACCUUUAGAUUGAAAAAUCGUGAUUUGUCGAAAGAACUAACAGGAAAAGGAUAUCAGUUUGAAAAGGCAAUGUGUAAAGUUUGGUGUCUGACUUGGAAAGAACGAAUACGAACUAUUGAAAAUUUUCCGGAUGGAACACCUUGUGGAACAAAUAAAUAUUGUGUUAGAGGAGAAUGCAGGAAGCUAAGCUGUAACGGAAGAGCAGUAGUAGAAUCGGAAGACGAUUGUCCUCUAACAUCGACCACGACUGACAGUUCUUCAGUAAUUAAGGCAACAAUAGUUGAACAUGAAAAUUCACAAAUUUUUGGUGAAUAUGCAAGUAUCUCAAUUAAAUCUCUUCCUAAUUCUACAGUAAUUUUAUCUUCGUGGUCUGAAUGGUCAGAAUGUUCAGUAACAUGUGGAGCUGGAUACGAGGUGCGACGAAGACUUUGCAUAGACUGCAGUCCGAAGAUGCAGCGAAGACGUUGCUUUAAAGACUGUGAAGCACAAUGGAGUGGAUGGGGAGAAUGGAGUUUGUGCGGUGAGACAUGUGGAGUUUCCACGCGAUUUCGAUAUCGCUACUGCGAAGGCCUUGAUUGCCAAGGAAACUCAGUAGAGACCGAGUUAUGCAGGCUACCCCCGUGUACAGUAAGUAGUCUGACUGAUAAAUUCCAAUAUUCUGGACAGUGGUCUGAGUGGACCGUUUAUGGAAAAUGUUCGGUAUCGUGUGGUAAAGGGGUAGUUAAAAAAAGACGAAAAUGCACUGGUAAAGGUAGCUGUAUUGGUCCUCCAGUUGCUUUUGGUAGCUGUGUUAUGCCGCCGUGCUGGUCAAGCAAAAAGGAGAGGCUACAACGAUCGUACAGAAUUAAAAAGUAUUUUAAUAAAGCAGAUAUUGCUUUCAAUGCAGCUAGAACUGUUUAA